AUGUCCGCUGCUUCGUCGCAUUCGAGACACACUAGCUCAAGUUCGAAUUACGACAAUGACCAUGAUUAUUCGGCUCCCGUAAUUAAACCCAAGUUGGAGUCUAUUGAAACAUCAUCUGCCUCGUCGAACAAAUCUCCAUCGGUUGCCGAUAUGCUACCACCUAGUAAUCUUAGUGAUAUUGAAUCCUUCGAUGACAGGAAGGAUAGCGAGUUACACGUAGUUAACAAGGACAUGGAAAAACCACAUGACAACGACACAACAAUUGAGCAACCGUCACCAUCACGGUCAUCAUCUAAGCAAAACAAGUCCGUUUCCCCAGCUCCCUCAGCGCAAGAAACAAUGUUGAGUCGAGAGUAUCAAACAGUUAGUGUUAAAUUGUCACAAUUACAAGAUACAUCGAGUCUCGAGAGUCUAUUAGCCAAACCUGCCCAUCAACAACCAGCAAACUUAUCACGUGCACUGAACAGAGAAUCUAUGUUUAGUAACAUUAGUCAGUACUCGGGACAACUUGAGCUGAGUGCGCAAGCGAUACCAGUGGUUUUACAAAGAUCUGACUCGACAAAAAUCAAAUAUGUUAAAGACAAAAAGCUGACUGGUGUCGCUGGUGAUGAUCAAGAGGCGGCUACAGCUGAGAACAAAUCAAUAAAUACAGUUGAUCUGGUUGACACGAGCCAGAUUUUGAACUUGGGAAAGAAGUCAUCUAAGUCGUCCCAGACACCUGACGAAGACGAAGACGAGUCAGACUUUGAUGAAAGUUCAAUUUUGAUGGGGAAAAUUCCAACUACUACCGCAGCAAAAAACUUGCAAUUAAACCCUGAUAAGACGUUUGAAACGAAUGUUGAAGGGGCAAUUCCAGCACGAUCACCAAGACGCCCUACAUCAAUGCUUCCUCCAGACACGACGUCGAAAGAUGUUGUUGUUCCUGAUCUUGGUGAUAAAGCGGCAAGGAGAAGAACAAUGCAUAUCACCGAUGACUUGGAUCAGUUAAUGCAGGAUGCAUCGUCAAUGUCUUCAUUCAAUUCAAUGAAAAUACGCAAUGCACUGACGAGACCAGAACAAGAAUUGGAAGUUGGUGGGGAAGAAAUUGGUGAGAACUCGGCAGUUUUUGAUACGACGGCACAUUCUGAUGAUUCGGAUGCUGAAUCCCAUGGUCCAGAAGUUCCUUCUCAUAGGUAUAGCACCGGUACAUCAUCAACCAAAAUGACGCCAUUAUUGAAUAAAUUAGCAGUUGAAGACGACGAAGACUUUGAUGAGGGAGAAGAUCAUAGUGGGCAUGGAAAUACCACUGGAAAUGAAUCGGAUGUAAUCACCAUUGCUAAACGUGAGACCUCAUUACCACCACGCCCAUCGGAAGAAAAUAUACGCCGGGCAAGAGACGUAUCGGCCAAUAUCCAGAAGCAACAACAAGAGCAACAAGAAUCACAGCACCCCAUAACUGGACAGGACCACUACUAUGUCUCUGAUGAAAAUACUGGUCACGUUGGAGCUGCUGAUGUUAAUGAUGAUGACCAAUACUACGACAUUGAUGAACCUAUCCAGCAUCCACCAAGAGGAAAAUCUGUCAAAAGUUCAAUCCGCAGGCCAGCAAGAAACAUAACCAAUACCGCUGUAAGCAUGCCACCAGCAACUUCGGCCCCAGCACCAGGAACUACCACCGCGCAAAAAGAACAACCCCACUCGAAAAAGCACAAGAAGAAACACAAAGACAAGAAGGCCAAGUCAGCUCCAGCCAGAGGCAACGAACUUCGUCCCUUUAGUUACAAAACUCUAGUGUCGUUAUUGGAAAGCAUGAAUGGAACCAUCAUUGGUGAAGAGUUCAAUUCAUUAAAUAUCCCCAUCCGCGAAAAACAAUUGAUUGAGAAGAUAAUUGAUAGUUUGUCGCGGUUGACUUCGGAUAUGAUUUUGGACGAGGAGCGAUAUGAUGUUGGGUUGAAGCGGCUUGAGAAAGCAUUGAGAGUGCUUGAAGGGUUCAAUUGA